CAGGACCUGGUCCUCAGUUGUCCUGCAGGAUGGAGGGCCCUUUUCUGGCACUAGCACUACUGGUUGCCCUAGUUGUGAGCGGUGGCUGGGCCCUAAACCAGGAGGAGCGGCUGAUCCGGCACCUGUUCGAAGAGAGAGGCUACAACAAGGAGCUGCGGCCCGUGGCCCGCAAAGAGGACAGCGUGGGCAUCACACUGGCCCUCACCCUCUCCAACCUUAUCUCCCUGAAAGAAGUCGAGGAGACACUCACCACCAACGUCUGGAUGGAGCACGGCUGGGUGGACAGCCGGCUGCAGUGGGAUGCCAGCGAGUUCGGGAACAUCAGCGUGCUGCGCCUGCCCUCUGACAUGGUGUGGCGCCCAGAAAUCGUGCUGGAGAACAACAAUGACGGCUCCUUCCAGAUUUCCUACUCCUGCAACGUGCUUGUUUAUGACUCUGGAUACGUGUACUGGCUGCCACCCGCCAUCUUCCGCUCCUCCUGUCCCAUCUCGGUCACUUACUUCCCCUUUGACUGGCAGAACUGUUCCCUCAAAUUCAGCUCACUCAAGUACACGGCCAAGGAGAUCACGCUGAGCCUGAAGCAGGAAGAGGAAGACGGCCGUGCCUACCACGUGGAAUGGAUCAUCAUUGACCCCGAGGGCUUCACAGAGAACGGGGAGUGGGAGAUUGUUCACCGGGCAGCCAGGGUCAACGUGGACCCCAGUGUCCCGCUGGACAGCACAGGUCACCAGGACGUCACCUUCUACCUCAUCAUCCGCCGCAAGCCACUCUUCUACAUCAUCAACAUCCUUGUGCCCUGCGUGCUCAUCUCCUUCAUGGUUAACCUGGUCUUCUACCUGCCGGCUGACAGUGGUGAGAAGACGUCAGUGGCCAUCUCAGUGCUGCUGGCCCAGUCUGUCUUCCUGCUGCUCAUCUCCAAGCGGCUGCCCGCAACCUCCUUCGCCAUCCCGCUCAUCGGCAAGUUCCUGCUCUUUGGCAUGGUGCUAGUGGCGAUGGUGGUGGUGAUCUGCGUCAUCAUUCUCAACAUCCACUUCCGGACACCCAGCACCCACGUGCUGUCCGAGGGGGUCAAGAAGAUCUUCCUGGAGACCCUACCCACGCUCCUGCACAUGUCCCGGCCGGCAGAGGAGGGGCCCAGCCCUGGGGCCUUGAUCCGGAGAAGUAGCUCUCUGGGAUACAUCUCCAAGGCAGAGGAGUAUUUCUCGCUCAAGUCCCGCAGUGACCUCAUGUUUGAGAAGCAGUCAGAGCGGCACGGGCUGGCUCGGCGCCUCACCACUGCACGCCAGCCCCCAGCAAGUUCUGAGCAGGCCCAGCAGGAACUCUUCAAUGAGCUGAAGCCAGCUGUGGAUGGGGCCAACUUCAUCGUCAACCACAUGAGGGACCAGAACAAUUACAAUGAUGAGAAGGACAGCUGGAAUCAGGUGGCCCGCACAGUGGACCGCCUCUGCCUGUUUGUCGUGACACCUGUCAUGGUGGUGGGCACAGCCUGGAUCUUUCUGCAGGGCAUCUACAACCAGCCCCCACCCCAGCCUUUCCCUGGGGACCCCUUCUCCUAUGAUGAGCGGGACCGGCGCUUCAUCUAGCCACUGGAAUGGUGCACCUGGGAGAGUGGCUCUUGAGGGAGCUUGGGGUCCAUCCCUGAGCUGGGUGAUGUACACCUGUCAUCCAGCAUGUGGGAGGCUGAGGCAGGAAGAUCACUGUGAGUUCAAGACCAGCCUGAACCGUACAGAGAUCCUGUCUUAAAGCAAACAAAAAAUCCCUGUGGCUGCUGUCUCACUCAUUCUCAUGCACAUCAAUUGGCCCUGAUGCUUGGGGAAGCUGGGGUGCAUGGCGAGCAGCCACAUGUGUGAACAUGGAGGUGACCCCUCUCCCAAAGGGCCCCCACAGGGGAUCCCAGCCCCAUAGAAGUCCCUAAGCUAGAACCCUCCAGUGAGGCUACCCCUGGACCAGAUCCUCAGAAACUGUGUGAGAAAAUAAAUGUUUCGUUUUAGUGAC